CCGGGUCUUCCCAUCUGUAGUGACGCGCGCGAUGACGCCACACAGUGACGUGUGCUGACCUGCCUCCUCCUCCGCGGCCAAGUGCCGGCAGGGGAGCCACACCCUGGGCGACUUGCUCAGGAAAAGGCCUUGGGGUCGGGGUCAGUGAGAGAAACACCUGGUGAACCCGCCCAAGGCGACCCCGGACACCCCUCACCCUGGGACUAGCCAGCUCGCGGCCGACCGGUUGCUAAGUGACGCCAGCGCGCAGAGGCGCGUGCGCGGCCACGGCGCUGUGCGUGGGAGCGGGCGCGCGCCGCGGCGGCGGCGGCGGCGGCGAGGACGGCGGCGACGGCAGCGGCCGAGGGGGCGGCGGCUACGAGGCGGGUGCGCAGGAGGCGGAAGGGGCGGCUAGGUCGCUGAGGAACAUCGUCGGGAUCAGUGACUAUCAUCUAUUCCACAAGAUGAGUAACAGCCAUCCUCUUCGCCCCUUCACUGCAGUGGGGGAGAUUGAUCAUGUGCACAUUUUGUCUGAACAUAUUGGUGCCUUGUUGAUUGGGGAAGAAUAUGGCGAUGUCACAUUUGUUGUGGAAAAAAAGCGUUUUCCUGCCCACAGGGUAAUUUUAGCAGCCAGAUGCCAGUAUUUUAGAGCAUUACUAUAUGGUGGGAUGAGAGAAUCUCAGCCUGAAGCAGAAAUCCCUCUCCAAGACACUACUGCAGAAGCGUUCACAAUGCUGCUUAAAUACAUCUACACUGGGCGGGCGACACUGACAGAUGAGAAGGAGGAGGUGCUGCUGGAUUUUCUGAGCCUGGCUCAUAAAUAUGGAUUUCCAGAGCUGGAGGAUUCCACUUCUGAGUAUCUGUGUACCAUACUUAAUAUUCAGAAUGUCUGCAUGACUUUUGAUGUUGCCAGUCUCUACUCACUGCCCAAGUUAACUUGUAUGUGUUGCAUGUUUAUGGACAGAAAUGCUCAGGAGGUACUCUCAAGUGAAGGUUUCCUCUCUCUUUCUAAGACAGCACUUUUAAACAUCGUGUUAAGAGACUCAUUCGCAGCUCCUGAGAAAGAUAUUUUCUUAGCCUUGUUAAACUGGUGUAAGCACAAUUCAAAAGAGAAUCAUGCUGAAAUCAUGCAGGCUGUGCGCUUACCUCUGAUGAGUCUCACUGAACUCCUGAACGUGGUAAGGCCUUCGGGACUGUUGUCUCCUGACGCCAUUCUGGAUGCUAUCAAAGUCCGGUCAGAGAGUCGGGAUAUGGACCUCAACUACAGAGGCAUGCUUAUACCAGAAGAAAACAUUGCAACUAUGAAAUAUGGAGCCCAGGUUGUGAAAGGGGAGUUGAAAUCUGCCUUAUUAGAUGGUGAUACUCAAAAUUACGAUUUGGACCAUGGAUUUUCUAGGCACCCAAUUGAUGAUGACUGCCGGUCUGGCAUUGAGAUUAAGCUGGGUCAGCCGUCCAUUAUCAAUCACAUACGAAUCCUCCUGUGGGACCGGGACAGCCGGUCAUACUCAUACUUCAUUGAAGUGUCAAUGGAUGAACUUGAUUGGAUCAGAGUGAUAGAUCAUUCACAAUAUCUGUGUCGCUCUUGGCAAAAGUUGUAUUUUCCAGCCCGUGUCUGCAGAGCUGAAGUCAGUCUAGCUUUUUGGGGAAAUGGAUUCUGUGCCUUACCAGUGUUCCCACACAAUUCCAAGCAGAGUUUGCCUGCUGUAGGUUGUACACAGGAAGUUGGGGCUGGUAUGCCCUUUGUCCUGAUCCAGGCUGUUCCAGACAUCUGUACAAGGUAUAUUCGAAUAGUUGGAACUCACAAUACAGUGAAUAAGAUAUUUCACAUUGUGGCUUUUGAAUGCAUGUUUACAAACAAAACCUUCACUCUCGAGAAGGGGUUGAUAGUUCCCACAGAGAAUGUUGCGACCAUUGCUGAUUGUGCCAGUGUGAUUGAAGGAGUCAGUCGGAGCAGAAAUGCCUUACUGAAUGGGGACACUAAGAACUAUGAUUGGGAUUCUGGUUACACGUGUCACCAGCUGGGAAGUGGUGCAAUUGUGGUUCAACUGGCACAGCCGUACAUGAUUGGGUCAAUACGGUUGUUGCUUUGGGACUGUGAUGAUCGAAGCUAUAGCUACUACGUUGAGGUUUCUACCAACCAGCAACAGUGGACUAUGGUGGCUGACAAAACUAAAGUGGCCUGCAAGUCCUGGCAGUCAGUGACUUUUGACAGACAGCCUGCCUCCUUUAUCCGCAUCGUGGGAACACACAACACGGCCAACGAGGUGUUCCACUGCGUCCACUUUGAGUGUCCGGAGCAGCAGAGCAGCCAGAAGGAGGAGAGCAGUGAGGAACCAGGGACAGGAGACAGCAACCCAGCCGCACUGAGCGCUGCCAUGGGAGGAGCUGAGAGCCAUGGCGCGUGGCUGGGGAACAAGGCACAGUUGCAGCCCGUCAAGGCCUUUGGGCUGACGAAGAAAGGCCUCUGAGGGAGUUGAACAAAAAUACAUCACGAACAGAUUGGUCUGUGGUUGCUUAGUUGCCAACCCCUCGUUCCUUAAGGUACCCAGCCUCGGUGUUCGGGAGGUGAGAGUCACAGUGCCAGCUGCUAACUUGGAUCCCUAGCCACCAGGCUUGCAGGGAUCCCCCCUCCUGGUGACCAGAAGCAGCCUGGGCUCGUGGCUCAGCCCCCCAGGGCUCAGCCGGGGAGUGGAGGGAGCUUUUCUCCCACACCCCGUGGAGGGGCUCCUGCUUGACUUUGGGGCUCCAUCUGGCACAUCCUUCCUCUGAGCACUUCCACUCAGUGCCACUGGCCCUGACUCAGUGUUUGUCUACCAGGCCCCGCGUCCAGGCAUGCACCACGGACUCCCAGGCCCUGGUUUAAGGCCCCAAAAGGGCUCAGCAAUGGCUUCCUUGGGUCGUAAACAUGUGGGCGGAGCAGCCAGAAAGGGCCAGUGUGUUGGCGGUGUCUCCUCGCUGUCUGGAUUUGAGGGAUCUCUGUCGGCUGUGGUGGGCACUGGCCACCGGUGGGCGAUGGGCCAUGGGCGAACCCAGGAGCCCACUGGUGUACAGAUGGGGAGCGAGUGCUGGGAGCAAGAGGCUGCGCUCAGCACUUCCACCUGUGUCCUGUGUGCAGGGGAGAGUGGGUGCCCCCUUGGGGUGGUAGCAGGUACCUGUGAAGAGUGUGGGGUGCUUGCUGGUGUUGGGGAGCCUUCUUUCUGCUUUAUCCAGCUGGUGCUGCUGGUUAGCAGGAGCAAGGAGCACAUGGUGUUUGCAUGGGACCAGAGUGGCAGGUCGGUGUGGAAUGUCUUGAACGAGCUUGUCCAGGGCUUCUUGUUAGACAUGUCCGGGAGCCCCAGCCUGGAGUCCCAGCCUGGAGCCAGACCCAUGGCCUGGGGAAGGUGGGUGGGCUGGCGGCGAGAUGCGGAACCAUGCCAGGCACCCGUGUCUCCCGAGUGCAUAGCCCAGCUGCCCUCCCAGGCUCUGGGAACUGCUGCGCAUGAAAGACUGCACAGGUGCCCCCCAGCCCCAGCCUGCUGGGAAGGCUUUGGAUGUGCAGCUGCCCACCCCGCUCCUCUCCUGGCCCCUGAAGGACGCACCCUUCUUACUGGCUGUGUAGAAGGGAGGGGAAGAUGACAGGGUGCAACCACAGCUAGGGGAGGACCAGAGACGGUCCCGCCCAGGGCUGCUGCGGCCCCACAGGCUCCCUGCCCCUGGCUGGGCGGUUCCUGGUCCUGCUGGUUGCCUCACCUUUCCCAGAUGGCUUUCUGAUUCAGGCCUGGGCCUGGAGGCCCCAGGCAAGGUGUGUCACGUCCACCAUGAGCCCGAGGUGGCUGUUGGGAGCCUUUUCAAUGGUCACUUUUCUAAUAUUAAGUGAAGUGCAGAUUCCUGACAAAGACAUUAAAAAUAUUUUAUUCCUGGAAGAGUUGGGG